UUGCUGGUUGGGGUUACCGGAGACGGGGUGAAGGAGAAACGGCAGCGGGCGGGCGACGAGCCUUCGCUGCCGCCUAAGCGGGGUGGCCGUCUCUGGGCGCUGGCUCCCGGGCCUGCUCCCGGCCUCCUUUCCGUGUGGCCCGGGUCUUCAGCGCGGCUCUGGUAAACAGUGGGAUUUCGCGCCGGAGCCAGGACUCCUGUGUUCCCUCUACUCCAGACAUCCGUCCCUGGCCCCUGAGAGUUCCAUCUCCUCUUUCCCCAACUAGUGUUUUGGGCUCUUUUUAAAGGUUUAGACUACUCGAGUGAACCAGCCUUCAGGAACGUUCCAUUCUUUCUUCUAUCCCAGUGCUUACAACCUGGGUACAAAAUUGGAUUGCCACAAGUUGGCCACGGCAGAGGGCGUUGUGCUUGGGACCUGACACACAUGCCUCAGACAAGAGAAAGAGCCAGCUUCUCAGGUGUCCUCAGAGUCGGUCACCCAUUGCAGUGCUGACAGCAGAUUUCGUGGACUAGAAGUGCUUGUUGGUACCUGAUGAGUUAUCUGUUUCCCCUUCUAAGAGCAUUUCUCCGGUUGUAGCUGGCUCUCUGUUCUGAGGGGGAGUGCUAGAACUGUGCCACCAUGCCCACUGUGGUGGUAAUGGAUGUGUCCCUUUCCAUGACCCGACCUGUGUCUGUCGAGGGGUCUGAGGAAUACCAGCGGAAGCACCUGGCUGCCCACGGCUUGACGAUGCUAUUUGAACACAUGGCCACAAACUACAAGCUUGAAUUUACAGCACUGGUGGUUUUUUCAUCACUUUGGGAACUGAUGGUCCCCUUCACAAGAGAUUACAACACCCUGCAGGAAGCACUGAGUAACAUGGAUGAUUAUGACAAAACCUGCCUGGAGUCUGCAUUAGUUGGCGUUUGCAAUAUUGUCCAGCAAGAAUGGGGUGGAGCGAUUCCUUGCCAGGUUGUUCUGGUGACUGAUGGCUGUCUUGGCAUUGGCAGAGGGUCACUGCGACAUUCCCUAGCUACUCAGAAUCAAAGGAGCGAGAGCAACAGAUUCCCACUCCCCUUCCCUUUCCCGUCUAAGUUGUAUGUCAUGUGCAUGGCCAACCUAGAGGAGCUUCAGAGCACUGACUCCUUGGAGUGCCUUGAACGACUUAUAGACUUAAACAAUGGUGAGGGGCAAAUUUUUACUAUUGACGGCCCCCUGUGUUUGAAGAAUGUACAGUCUAUGUUUGGAAAGCUGAUAGAUCUGGCGUACACGCCUUUCCACGCUGUUCUCAAGUGUGGCCACCUAACGGCUGAUGUACAAGUCUUCCCCAGGCCAGAACCUUUUGUUAUAGAUGAAGAAAUUGAUCCUAUCCCUAAAGUCAUUAACACAGACUUGGAAAUAGUGGGCUUUAUUGACAUAGCUGAUAUUUCCAGCCCCCCAGUUUUGUCCAGGCAUUUGGUCUUGCCCAUAGCACUUAACAAAGAAGGUGAUGAAGUGGGUACUGGCAUCACUGAUGACAAUGAAGAUGAAAAUUCAGCCAAUCAGAUCGCUGGCAAAAUACCCAACUUCUGUGUGUUGCUCCAUGGUAGCCUGAAAGUGGAAGGAAUGGUGGCGAUUGUACAGCUAGGUCCUGAAUGGCAUGGGAUGCUCUACUCGCAAGCUGAUAGCAAGAAGAAGUCAAACCUCAUGAUGUCUCUCUUUGAGCCUGGCCCAGAACCUCUCCCAUGGCUGGGGAAAAUGGCACAGUUGGGUCCCAUUUCAGAUGCUAAAGAAAACCCUUAUGGGGAGGACGACAACAAGAGUCCAUUCCCCCUGCAGCCCAAAAACAAACGCAGUUAUGCCCAGAAUGUGACUGUCUGGAUCAAACCCAGCGGCCUGCAGACAGAUGUACAGAAGAUCUUAAGAAAUGCAAGGAAGCUCCCUGAAAAAACACAAACAUUCUAUAAGGAGCUGAACAGGUUGCGAAAAGCUGCCUUAGCCUUUGGUUUCCUGGACCUGCUCAAAGGUGUGGCUGACAUGCUGGAGAGGGAGUGCACCCUGCUGCCUGACACAGCCCACCCAGAUGCCGCAUUCCAGCUCACCCACGCUGCCCAGCAGCUCAAGCUGGCCAGCACCGGCACCUCUGAGUAUGCUGCAUAUGACCACAACAUCACACCCCUGCACACGGACUUCUCAGGGAGCAGCACUGAACGAAUGUGAUGCUAACCUCUGGAGCUUUCCUUCUCUGUUCAUUUUGUCUGAAAAUGAGCCCAUUCAGCCCCAAAUAGCCAUCCAAGGACCUCGAGCUGUCUCAGAAGCAGCACUGCCAGUUUGAAUGUCUCUACUGCAGUCUGAGAAAGGUCCGAAGGGUGGUUGUCUGGGGCUUUCACACUAGCUCUGUGGGGCUCAGUCCGAAACAGCUUUUGGUUCAUGUUGAGCACAACUCCUGAGAAGCUUGGACACAUGAGGACAGAGCUCCACUGCCACUCUCAGGAAGCCUGCCCAGCAAGGGCCUUCCCGCAUCCAAAAAACAACUUUUUUUUUUUACAGGUUUACGUCUCAAUUCUACUGUGCUUAGAAUGAGCAAUCCAGAUGUCUAAAACUUGUCUAAGUACAAACCUGAUGCCACCAAGUUUUAAAAUUUUUCUUAGAACUUGUUAAGAUACAGUGGCAGUGCUCAGGUGCUUCUGGUGUAUCUGAGGUACAAAUCUUUAGACAGUAACCACAUGUGUGUAAAAUCACUCCUGUUCAUGUUUUUAAAUGAAAAUUAAAUAUUUGAUUUUCUAUAAAAUGAUUUCAUUUAGAAACACAUUGUUUUGCUCUGUCUUAUCCCUUGAAUAUA